GUUGACUUAUCAGUUAUCAGUGGGGCGAACAAGAACUUUCUCUGAACGACAAAUCGGCCGAAAAUGGAGGAAGCUCUGCAACUCCCAAUCAUCGACCUCUCCUCCGGAGACCGCAUCUCCAUGGCUACUUCAAUCCGCGAGGCUUGCUUGGAUCACGGAUUCUUUUACCUGGUUAAUCACGGCGUAGAAGACGAGUUGCUGCAGAGAGUAUUCGAUGAAAGCAGGAAAUUCUUCUCUCUCCCUGUUGCGGAGAAGAUGAAACUGUCUUGGAAGGAGCACAGGGGCUACACUCCGCUUUACGCUGAGAAGCUUGACCCGACCGCCUCCAGUUCUACAGGGGAUGCAAAAGAGAGCUAUUACAUUGGCCCUUUGGCAGGCAAUGCAACUGAAACCGACUUAAAUCGGUGGCCCUCAAGAGAACUGUUGCCUUCUUGGAGAGCUACAAUGGAAUCCUUCCAUAAUCAAGCACUACUUGUUGGUAGACAAAUAAUAUCUCUGAUUGCCAUGGCUUUGAAUCUGGAUGAAACUUUCUUUGAGAAAAUUGGUGCCUUAAAUAAUCCUUCGGCUUAUCUCCGACUCCUACAUUAUCCAGGUGACUUGAGAUCUCUUGAUGAAGAACUACUAGGUGCUUCUGCUCAUUCAGAUUAUGGGAUGAUCACCCUCCUCGUUACCAAUGGCGUUCCCGGACUUCAGAUAUGCAAGAAAAAGUACGAUCAACCACGAGUUUGGGAAGAUGUCUGCCAUAUAGACAAGGCAUUCAUUGUUAAUGUUGGGGACAUGAUGGAGAGGUGGACUAACUGUUUGUUCCGGUCGACUCUACAUCGAGUGAUUCCAGUUGGAGAAGAACGCUAUUCGAUGGCUUUCUUCUUAGAUCCUGAUGAAGAUUGUGUUGUGGAAUGUCUUCAAAGUUGUUGUAGUGAGUCAUCUCCCUCAAGAUAUCCUCCCAUUCGUAGUGGCGACUACUUGAAGGAACGAUUGAGAUUGACCUAUGCUUCUUGAGGAUUUGAUUAAAAGGUGUAAGAUCUCUCGAUAAAUUUUAGGAAGAGGCUACCACAAUAUGUCUGGUUAUUUUAUAUCGUUCAAUAGUUAUUAAAAAACAGCCACAAAGACAAUCAUAUUCAUGUAGUACCAGUCACAUUCAAUAAUUUUGUAAAAAGUGAGUUAAAAAAAUGUAAAAUGUGUAACAUAACAAUUCCAUUUUUACUUGUAAAAAUAG